UCUCAACCCGGCGAUAAGCCAUAACUGAUCAACUGUAGAGCCGUCCGGAGACCGAUCACUCAAAGUCGCUUAUCAUCGUGAGUGUGAACUUCGGAGCAGCCAAACUAAAGCCGUGCGGGCUGCCUACCCAGCCAGUUCGAGUGGAACCGCUGAUACGGAAAGAUGGGUGUGAUUGUGAAAAUUCUGGUGCUCCUGCUGGCCAUCGGCGGGGGAAUGGUGUACAAGAACGUGAGGCAACUGUGGGCGGACUUGCCGGCACCCCAACUAGAUCCCCAACAGUGGUGGGGCGACGAGGCAGAGCCGGAGGACUAUGCCGCCUAUCUGGCGAAUAGCUCGGAGGUUGUCGGCAAUCGCCUGUCUUAUCCGGAGCAGACCAUUGACGACUUAAAGAGCCGACUGAGCCGCCCCCUGAAGCUUACUCCUCCGCUGGAGGGUGUGGCCUUCGAGUACGGUUUCAAUACGGAUUACCUCAAGAAAGUGGUGGAAUACUGGCGCGAUGACUACCUGCCGCGUUGGCGCGAACGCGAGGUGUUCCUCUGGCAAUUCAAUCACUUCACCACCGAUAUUCAGGGGCUACGCAUACACUUCCUCCAUUUGAUGGUCUACGACGAAAACAAGGUGGGCAAGCAGCACUACCCGGUGCUGCUGCUCCACGGCUGGCCGGGAUCGGUUCGGGAGUUCUACGACUUUAUCCAUCUGCUGCACCAGAGCAAUCUGGACAAGAACAACAAGUACAUAUUCAAUGUCAUUGUGCCUAGUUUGCCAGGCUACGGAUGGUCACAGGGCACUUCUCGUCAGGGUCUGGGACCCGCCCAGGUGGCCGUGAUCAUGAGGAAUCUCAUGGUGCGCUUGGGUUACAACAAAUUCUUCAUCCAGGGCGGUGACUGGGGCAGUGUCAUUGGCAGCAACAUUGCCACCCUGUACCCCGAUAGUGUCCUGGGCUACCACUCGAAUAUGUGCAAUAACCUAAGCCCCAAAUCCAUGGUGAAGGGCUUCCUGGCAGGACUCUGGCCCAGUUUCUUUGCGCCCAAGGGCUUCGAGGACUUCUUCUUCCCGAAGUCUAAUGAACUGAAAUACCUCAUGGAGGAGAGUGGCUACUUCCAUAUUCAGGCCACCAAGCCGGACACCAUCGGCGCUGCUCUCACCGACAAUCCUGUGGGCCUUGCUGCCUACAUCCUGGAGAAGUUCUCUACGUGGACGAAUGCCAGCUACCGAUCUCUGCCGGACGGAGGACUCACCCAGCGCUACAAAAUGGACGCCCUGCUGGACAAUGUCAUGAUCUACUACCUGACCAAUUCGAUCACCACCUCGCAGCGUCUCUACGCGGAGCAGUAUACCCAAGAGCAACGUGAUCUGAAACUGGAGCGGGUUCCUACAGUGGUGCCCACGGGAUGUGCCCGUUUCAAGAGCGACAUCAUGCAGUUUUUGGACACCCAGCUGCAGGAUAAGUUCAAGAACCUGGUCCACAGCACCUACUACAAGAAGGGUGGCCACUUUGCGGCCCUCGAGGUGCCCAAAGUCCUCUACAAGGAUUUCAUCGAUUUCGUCAAGACGGUGGAACGCAAGUUUAGAAUUAAGACCCUGUAGAUAUUGCACUUGAAUAAAAGCUCGUCCGCUGAUAUCGAUAACAGAA